AAACCUCUACGUCUUUGGCAUGUUACUAUCACAAGGGGGUUCCUGUACGUCGAAACGUUUGUCAUUUCGUCUGGUGGCUGGCGUUUGGACCCUGGCCGCCUUCAUCUUCCUCCAGGCUUACAAUUCCACAUUGUUCACCUACGUCAUGGCACCUGUCAAUCAUCCGCUCAUCGAUUCCAUGCACGGCGUCGCUGAAAGUACCGAUAUCAAUCUACUUUUCCGAUAUGGUGCAGCUCUGAAUGCUUUUGUUAUGGAUCCCAAUGCGACGGGAGUAUUUACGAAACUACGAAAAAACGUCGAAAUGUUCCCCAAUUCACGAUGUUAUUUGAUAUCGCAGUGUCUCAGUUUGAUCACGCCGGGUUCGAGAAACACCUUUGCCGAAGCGAGAUCCUACCAACUGGGCAUCAUCAAAGAUAAUUUUGAAAAGACGGGCAAGUGUGGAUUACAACUGGCAGGCGAUUGUUUCUUGAGUUUACCCGUGACUUUUGCGCUUCAGAAACGCAGUCCUUACACCGAAACGAUUAACAGAGGGCUUUUGGACCUUCAGCAAACUGGACUGAUUGACCACUGGGAAUCGUGGUUCCGACCAAUGCCACGCAAGUGUAUGGCCAACGUGAAAAAAGGAGAUAAGAAAAAAGAAACCGAACACUUGCCUAUUUCCCUUAAAAAUUUGACUGGCGCCUUUGUCGUUCUUUUGGUCGGAUUAAGCAUCUCUUUCUUGGCCUUCCUCGUCGAGCAAAUCGCUUCGAUAGCUGAACGCAACGUUAGACGCUAGAUAUUCCAUGAAAUUUCAAAUGAACUAGCUUUCUCAGCAUCGCCAAUAGUGUUUGUGAUUAAAUCCCAUUAUACAGUAACUUACAGCAGGACUUUUGGUUGGCAACAAAAUUUUUUGUAGUUGUUUCAGUUGUAGUAAUGUAAUAAACGAUUCGCUAGUGCUAGUUGCUCCAAAAAAGUUCAUCCUCUACUCGUACUUGUUUACUUGAAUAAGUAUAGAGUUGAAAUGUUUUCGAAUUUGAUUGUUCACUCACAGACAAAGUUGGUAAGGUACAAAAACGGGCCUGAUCUACAGUCAUUCUACAUAUGCGUUAAGAGAAAAUAGUUCCAG